GGGUCAGGGGGCGCGCGCUGCCCGUGGGGGUGGCGUGUUGCGGGCCCGUCACAAUCCCCGAGUAGCCGCCGCCCGCUGCUCAGUGUCAACUCAAGCACCACAGGGCGCGGCUGCCUCCUUUGCCGCCGCCGCCGCCGCUUCGCCGCCGCCGCCGCCGCCGCCGCCGCCUCCUGCUUAACCACCCACCCACCUAGCCAUCGCCGCAGUGGUAGCGUCCGACUCCAGCUGACCGGCCUGGAAUCCCGGCUUCGAGCCCUGGCCUGGACCCUCCGCCCUGAGCUACCCCUUCCCCUACCCCAGCCCUGAGACCUGGUGCCGCCGCCGCCAUGGGAGACGCCGGCAGCGAGCGCAGCAAAGCCCCGAGCUUGCCGCCCCGUUGCCCCUGCGGGUUUUGGGGGUCCAGCAAGACUAUGAACCUCUGUUCCAAAUGCUUUGCUGCAGUCUCUGGACGUGUUUGGCCAAUCACAGGGGAAAAGAAGCCACCGUGGCUUCUUUUCCAUGCCCCCCGUGUGCUGGCUGCGCAUCGCGUGAUUUCUCUCAUGAAAAAAGAAAUCCACACAAUGAAAAAGAUUUUCAAAAGAAGCAACCAGAUGAUGAGUCCACUCCCAGCACAAGCAACAGCCAAUUGGAUUUGUUCUCUGGAGAAACAAAUAGUGACAACAGUAAUACCUCCCUAUCUACACAGACUGUUAACUCCAACCAGCAACUAUCGACAGAACUGAAUGUAACUUCACCAAGCAAAGAAGAAUGUGGGCCAUGCACAGAUACAGCUCAUGUCUCCUUAACCACAGCAAUCAAAAGAUCUUGUGAUUCAGAUUCACAGUUGGAGAGUGAGGUUUCUCCUGAAAAACGACCACGAUUACUGGAGGACAGUCAGGACAGGCCUGAAGAAAUCAGCCGUUCCAAACAGAAGAGCAGACGCAGGUGUUUCCAGUGCCAAACAAAACUGGAACUGGUACAACAGGAACUGGGAUCGUGUCGCUGUGGUUAUGUGUUCUGCAUGUUGCAUCGCCUGCCUGAACAGCAUGAUUGCACAUUUGAUCACAUGGGGCGUGGGCGUGAAGAAGCCAUUAUGAAAAUGGUGAAACUGGACCGGAAAGUGGGGCGAUCAUGCCAACGUAUUGGCGAGGGCUGCUCCUGAGUUGCAAGACUCUCUACAACCAAAUGCCGUUCUCUUAGUUCACUAAUGUUAGCCUUAUUUAGGACAAAGUCAGCCAGCCACCUUGUACUGGGCAAGUUUCAGACUACAGCCAAUCAAUUUCCUUUCUUUAGCCAACCAUCCUGGUACUGUAGUUUAGGGGUUAAUGGUGAUUGACAUUGAUUUCUGGCUGGUUAUUAAGGUGCCUGCUAGCCACCGUAUUAAAAAAAUGAAAUAUUUUUGAGCAUGGCUAGUGGAUUUUAACAAAAAGCUAAAGACUUCUAUUAUUGCAGGAGUCAAGCUCUUUAAAAAAGCCUUAUGCUGGUAAGCUUCCAGCAGCUGAGUAGAAACGGAUGUAAGAGACUGCUAUGUGCACACCUCUCUCAAAGAAAGUACCCAUAAUAAUCUGCUUUUCCUAUCCUCAUGACUAGCUAACUUUGAAGGGGUAAAACUCUGCUUAGAGCAGGCAGUGUAGCUACUGAACCUAGAAGACUUAAAUGAUCACUUAUGCCAUUUUCACCUGUGUCUUUUGAGGUUAGGUAGCAUCACCAGCAUCAGGGAAUCUCGGGGCGGGAACGUCUUUCUGGGAAGUCAAAUGGAGGGGGACAGGUUCUUAUGACAACUUUUAUAUUAAACACAUUACAGGGAAACUGUUUAUUUAGGUGGAGGAGGAGGAUCUUGCUUUCAAGUUAGCUCCAUUCUGGAACAAGCAGUGAACUGUGUGCAUUUUCUACACAGCAUCUACAACAUUUCUUAAGCCGUGUGAUUGAAUUCCAUAUGCCAAGCAUUGUGGCUGUUUCCCAUCAGCCCAAACCUGAUUGGCUCUUGUUUGCCUUUUGCUAAGUGCAGGUAUCUGAUAAUUGAUCAAAUAAGGCUAAUUCACAGCACAGUAGCCAUGGCUGGAUCCUACAGACCAACUUUCUGUAGCAAGUUGUUUAUUGAGGGGUAAAGGACAUUUUGUAGCAAACGGAAUUCAGUAACAGUAUUGAGGAACAACCAGGAAAACACCCCUUAUUGAAUGGAGUUUGUAUGCCUCACUUCUAGUAUGUUAAGGAGAUAAUCAAAUGGGCUGUUCCAGCCUUGUUACUAUGCAGCUUGGUACUCUCAGUGAAGGUCUCUGCCCAUCAUCUGUUGCAAAGCUAGUGAUUGUGAAAUGCAUUGCAUAGAACUGGGAUUCUCCAGAUUGGUUAUUUAGAACUACAGUUCUGUUUUGUAGUCUGUCAAUCUUGUUGAGGCAAACUGCACCAAUUUUUAAUGUGCAGUGGCAGAAAAAUAGUAGUGUCUGCCUCCAGCUACAGGCAAGGUUUCUGUAGGAAAAUGAACUCAUAUUGAUGGUGGCCUAGUAUGGAAAUUAUACCCCGCAAACCAGUUAGUGCUCCAUUAGCAAUUAAGAAUUAGGUAUAUAGUGGGAAGGGAAGGGGGGAGGGCUGCUGGAGGAAGGAUGAGGGUUAAUUGUCUCAUACUUUCACAAGUAGGUUACCCAAGCCACCCAAAGAGUGAAUUACCCUCAUGUCACUCUAAAAAAAAAGAAAAAAGUUUGGGGUAGAGCAGUUUAAAUAAGUUAGUGACCGUUCCAUUUGUGCUGAAGGUAAAUUACUGGUUUAGGGGCUGAAUUGUAUUUACUCUGGCAAGUGACGUAUGCUCAGCCUUUGGCUGUAUUACAGCAAUGCAAAUUAGUAAUGAAGUAAAUAUUCCACCAUUCUAAAGUUCAGUAUGGAAAAGCCAUUCUGUGUUGUACUCAAGGCUUUGAAAUCGGCAAUGGAAUUUCCAGCUGCAUAUUCUGUUUCCUAAGGAAGUGUUCCCCUUCCAUCUACAUGAGGGGGAAAUCAGACAAUUUUCUUUGCGUUUGCCAUGAAGAGUUAAAAAAAACAUGGACUUCAGCUGCUGCCGCGCUAUGCACUUUCUUCCCUUCUAAAAUCCUAGCAUAGCAUUUGAUGGACAUUCUGAUUGAUACACAAGACUUUUGCAGAUUAAUAAUGAAGACGCUGUUUUCCCUUGUUAAUCCUUUCUUUAGCCCUGUUACAAGUGCACAGUUGGUUUCAAGGUGGCUUUUGAGCAAACACUACUCAAAGUUCAUGUGGAUUAUGGACAAUGUUCACUUUAAAAAGAAGUGUGGGGGUUGUUCCUUUGCAGUAUCUGUUCUGUGAAGUUUGUUAAACGUAAAGAAAGCUUAAGUUCUUGUAUCUUUAAAGAAAAUCUUAUUUAACCCUUUUUUGUGUUCUAGAUUUACUUACACAUGUAGCCUAGAGCUCAGUUUUAGUUUAACAUUGUGAAAAUAUUAAAAAGGAUUGUAAUUCUUUUUCCUCCUGCUUAAAAGAAACAAAACCAUUAAACAGAUCAGAUUAAAGUUUGACUUCUCCGAGUUUUGCAGUAAGUAUUGCUCUUCAGCACAAAUCCAUGUUACAGCUUGAUAAUUCUUUUUAAGCAGCUGCAUGUGGGGUAAAGAGGUAUGAUAUUGCCAUCACCAUUCCAUAGGUUUAAAUCUAGCCAUUCCCUGUCUAUUAUGUUGGGACAACCACUUCAGAUUGGGAAACUUGGGGUACAGGUAAGCCAAAACUGAGUGUUUAAGGGCACAAUCCUGCGGAUGCUAGGCAUGCCAGCAGGGGGAACACUGGCAGUUGAAGAGCCUUUACCGCUAUAGGAUUGCAGCCUAACUCUUUCCAUUAAGAAUAAUGCUAUCUAAUGGUAAUUAGUUUUAACUCUGGCAUUUUGUUCCUUGUGCAAGAGUGUUGAGCAUUCCUAAAAUUAGUUACUUUCAGGAAUCAGAUAGACACUUAGGUGUCUACACACUUGCAUCAUUGCUGUAGCAGAAAAAUCCAGUAUGUCCUCUGUAGCAGAUGUUCUCAACUCAUUUUAGCAGCAGCUUCAUCACCUGAAAUUUAAUCCUGUGCCUGGAAUUAGAUUCUCAUGUUUAUUAAAUGUAUGCAUGACUGAAUGCAAGUGAAGCAGCCCAAGUUAAUUCCUUUAAUUUUCAUUUGGAUUUUGAAAUGUCCCUUACAAAAGGAAGCCCAUACACCUGCACUUAUAAACAAAGGUGUAUGCAUAUAGCUUUUUCUAUAUAGAAACAGUGCAGUCUGAACUGUCAAUGUUUUGUUGUAUUCCAACAAAGGAAAUAAAGAUAUUAAGAAGAAUGCUCCCCAUUAA